ACCCUCAUAAAUCAGACACAAAGCCGAAGACAAAGAAAGAUGAAAAUGGCUCAGUGUAUAAGAACAACCGUAAACCCUCCCAAAACCCCACUCAGCUCCAGCCAAACCCAUAAUCCCAAUUGCUUAUUCCCAUCAAUCUCUUCCUUAGAAGCGAAACCCAAAUCCAGAAAGUACCCCAAAAUCUCCCUGUCGGUUAUGUCCAGCCAAAACCAAAGCCAGCAACUAAAUCCAUCCCUUGAUGCUUUGCUCAACUCUGGUCGCAAAGAAGAAGUUUUUGCCAUUAUAAAAGGCUCUGUUCACAAUUGUCUUUCAGAGACUAAUCUUCAUUUAACGGUUCCUGGUAUCAAAUCCAAAACCAGAGGCAAGGUUAGAGAUAUUUAUGAUAGUGGGGAUUAUCUUGUUUUGGUCACUACUGAUCGUCAGAGUGCAUUUGAUAGGAUUCUUGCUUCUAUUCCCUUCAAAGGCCAGGUUCUUAAUGAGACGAGUUUGUGGUGGUUCAAUAGGACACAACACAUAACCCCCAAUGCAGUUGUGUCAGUACCAGAUAAAAAUGUUACAAUCGCAAAGAAAUGUUCUGUCUUUCCUGUUGAAUUUGUUGUUAGAGGAUUUGUGACAGGAAGUACUGAUACAUCACUGUGGACAGUCUACAAAAAUGGGGUUCGAAAUUACUGUAGCAAUGCACUUCCAAAUGGGUUGGUAAAAAAUCAAAAGUUAACUGCAAACAUACUCACACCUACAACUAAGGCUGAGGAUCAUGAUGUUCCUGUAACUCCAGAUGAGAUAAUUGGAAGAGGACUGAUGACUCAAGCUGACUUUGAUGAAGCCAAAGAGAAAGCAUUAAGUUUGUUUGAGUAUGGACAGCGUGUAGCUUUGGAGCAUGGCCUGAUAUUGGUAGAUACAAAAUAUGAAUUUGGCAAGGAUAGUGAUGGUUCAAUUCUAUUGAUUGAUGAGGUGCAUACACCUGACUCAAGUAGAUAUUGGAUUGCCAAUUCUUAUGAAGAGCGCUUUCAGAAUGGUCUUGAACCUGAAAAUGUUGACAAGGAGUUCUUGAGGUUAUGGUUUAAAGAUAACUGUAAUCCCUAUAAAGAUGAGGUCCUUCCUGAUGCCCCUGAAGAACUUGUCUGUGAGCUUGCUUGGCGGUAUAUCUUUUUGUACGAAACAAUAACAAAAUCAAGAUUUGAGAUGCCAUUGACAGAGGAGCCAAUACAUGAUCGAAUCUCGCAAAAUGUUUCGUCAGCAUUGUUAUCUCUGCAGUAACUCGAGAAGAUUGUAUAAGAGCUCAUGGCUUUUUUAGGAUGGAGGCUAUAGUGAGAAGUAUAAUGAGCAUUCAGUGAUUAAAAGAGGUACUUGGUAGAUGAACUUUGGGUGGAAUAACAAGCUGGAUUGCCCUAGUGUAACACAUUGAGCACUUAUUUGCUUUUAAAUCUAUAGUUAGUUAUGACAAAAAUUUCAAUGAAUUCAAAGAAGAUUAACGUACAAUUUUGACAUUUUUGUGGGAUAGGAUUCUUUUUGAGAAACUCAAUAGUAUCUGCAUCUGUCAAUUCCUUUAGUUAAAAUUUCU